AUGGUGAAUCGUAGAGUUUUGCAAGGAGAAUCAUUGAAAGCAUUCAAUGAAGGGAUUGAUUAUGUUUUCAAUCAUUGGGAUGCUCUUCAAAACUCUAUUUAUUACCAUCGGGGUGGCGAUAACUCUCACCUCAAAGCUAAACGGCUCAUCGAUGAUGUUCGUGAUUGGUUCAUUCAAUCCAACGAUCCAUUGCAUAUUGAUGACUUGAAAGGGUUCAUCAAUGAAAGGUUGUUAGUUGAUUUCAAUCUUCAAAUUGCAGAUGGCAGCGAUGAACAUAUUGCUGUUGAAUUAAUGGUUACACAUGAAGAUUGCUUAAAUGGUAAUUUUAUGACUAUCGAGUUUCCCAGGGAAGCCAAUCGUAAUCCAAACUUUUAUCCUUCUAUGGAAGAGUUUAUCAAUUCAUGCAAUGAAAGCAUUAUUGAGGAUGAUCUCUACCCUAGUGAAUGCAUUACUAAGGAUGAUACUUGUAGUUGUGAUUGUGAAGACAUUGCAGAACCAGAGUCGAGCUCAGAUUCUGUGAACAAGCCCAACUAA